AUGAUAUUUGUAUUAAUUAAAUCACCAAACAAUGUUUUCAGUGUUCAAGUGGAGGAGAACGAUACCAUUUUGACAUUGAGAAAGAAGGUUGCAGAGAGAACAGAGAAUCUCUAUCAACUCUUCCAAUUCGAGUUGAAUUUCAAUGGAAAGACUCUCUCUGACUCUAGCACUGUAAGUGCUGAGGGUAUUCUCAUGGAAACUCUUGUCGACAUGGUUGUCAUCAGAGAACUCAAAUACACUGUCGAAUACAAAUCGGCAUCACAUGAAAUUACCAUUGCCAACAAUCAAGGUUUGAAAGUUGCUCAUCUCAUCAAUCAUAUUAAGGAGGUUUUGAAAUUAUCAAAUGAUUUGGGAUUGACAUUGAAUAAGAAAAGGACAGAGCAUUAUGUCUUGGCAAAUCAUGAUGUUUUGGAGUUGAAUGAAGUCACCACUCCAACUGUUGCUGGCGCUGCAGCUAUGACUGAUGGCGAGCGUGAUUUGUUGUCCAAUUUCGUUGAUACUGCUGUGUCGUCGGACGUCGAGAUUGUAUUUGUUUUCGAUACCACUGGUUCGAUGUCAUCGAUUAUCGCCAACGUCAAAUCUCAGGUUGAAGCAACCAUCACCAGACUCACCAAAGACAUUCCAAAUAUCAAGAUCGGUAUUAUGGGUUUGGGUGACUUCUGCGACGGACAAAACGUGUUGAAAACACUCGAUUUGACUGAUGACAAAACCAAGUUGAUCAACUUUAUCAAAAAGGUGCCGAUGACCGGUGGUGGUGACGCCCCAGAAGCCUACGAAUUCGCACUGUACAUGGCCAACUCACUGUCGUGGAGCGCACACACCUCCAAAGCUUUGGUUAUGAUUGGAGACGAAGGUCCCCAUCCACCUUCGACCACCGACCUCAAAAUCAACUGGAUCCAACAAGCCGAUGACCUCGCUGCCAAGGGUGUCAAGAUCUACGGUAUCCGUGCCAAGUGUAGUCAACCGGCUUUCUACAAUGAAAUCGCCGAAAGAACCGGAGGUAUUGCAAUCGAUUUCGAUCGUUUCAAUUUGAUCACCGAAAUGUUUAUGGCGAUCUGCUAUCGUGAGACCUCUGCCAGAAAGUUCCAGGCAUUCCAAAACGAGGUAUUUAGCAAUACCAACGGUAUUCCAGUUGAGAUGACUCGUAUUUUCGAUGAUCUCAACAAAGAGAAUUUCGCUCGUGAAGAUAGCCAUGAAAUUCCAGCUGCUGCCACCACCACUACCACCACUACAACAACUGCGGAUGCCACCACUCCAGCCGCCAGCGACGCCUCUCCAAAGAAAGUAUAUGGACAACCUUUAACUCCAUUGAAAUCGACUGCUUCAUGGUUCAAUAUCAGCGCUGACAAUGGUCUUCCCAGCUACUACUUCAAUUCAACAACUGGAUACUUUACCACCUAUAAAUCAGGUACCACCGGAGUACCAACUCCAAUCUCCGCUGCUCCAAAGACUAUCACUCCAUUGGCUGUAACCUUUGCCAAGCCAGCUGCUCCCGCUCCAAAGAAAGCCGCUGCCAAACCAGCUCCAAAGAAGGAAAACAAGAAGAAGUUGGAGAAGGUCAAGGUUCAAAUGGAGACCAGACUCAGAAAGAAGGCAAGAGAAUCGCUGGACUUUAUUGCCGGCUCCAAGCAGAGACAAGAGAGUUUGUUCAAUCUUUUGGGUAAGGACUACACUGGUCCAACCGAACAAGAAUUGGAAAUGAUCUUCCGUGUCUUUGAUACAAACAAUGACGGUAGAAUUACCGCCGCUGAACUCGGUGCCGUCUUGCAAUCGAUGGGUAAGCGUGCCGUCACCAAGAGAAUCGACAAGAUUCUCUCGGAAAUCGAUGAGAAUCACACUGGUUACGUUGAGAUGGAAGACUUUGUUACCUACAUGCAAGCCAAAGCCUACAAGAAAGCAACUCAAAUGGGAUUGAUCGAAGAGGAAUCCGAUGAAGAUGAAGAGGAGGAAGAGGAAGAAGAAGAGGGUGGAGAUACCGAUGAAGAGAUGGAUGAGAAGCCAGUUCGUAAGGCAAAGAGCACCACCGCCAAGAGAAAGAGAACCACCACAACCACCACUCCAAAGAAGAAGACAACCGCCGAGAAGAAGUCACCAGCUUCCAAGGAGAAGAAAGCACCAGCUGCCACCACUACAGCUACUCCAGCUGCUCCAACCGCUCCAGCUGCUCUCAAGAAACAGCCAUCCUACUUUGGUGCACUCAAGAGAGGUGCCAGCUUGUGUCACUACUACACUGACAAUGCCGGAAAACACAACGCACUCUUGGUGUCCAAUCCAGUCGGACCACAAUUCGAUCUUGGUCUAGACGAUGCUUUCCUCGAUUUCAAUGUUUUGGUUCAGUUGCCAGCUGGUGAUACCAAGUUGGAGAGCGUCUUGAAUCAAUUUGUCAAGACAAAGGGAUUCAAUAUGACCUAUGUCCACGACGACGAAAGUGUCGUCAAGCAAUUAACUGGCACCACCGGUAAAGACAUUGAUAUCUUGGUCGUUAUUUCCAGUGACAAUGCCUCUACCACUGCUGCCCCAUCCGCUGCCUACAACAAGGCCGUCGUCGACUUUAACCACUCUGGUAAGGGACUUUUCAUCCUCUCUGACAAGUCUGCUUUCGCACAAGCCAACUCUAUUGUUACCACUCUCUACGGAGAAGGAUUCCAAGUAAGAGAUAUCGCAACUGCCGAAUCAGCACCAGCUACCGAAUCCGAGAAGGUCGUAUUGGAAUACUCUGACGGAAAGAAUACCGUCGCCAAACAAUUCAAAGGACAUUUGAUCACCACCGGUCUGGUCAAAUUGGAUCAAGGUGAAUCGCCAUCGCAACUCUCUGGCUGUCCAACUCAAUUGGAUCCACUGGCAAUCUCCUCACAAAACACCGCCACCAUUCUCCACUCGAACGACACCAACCCUGAUAACUAUGGUCGUGUCGUAGUCGAUACCUCCUACAAGAAGAUCGACGCCAACAACACCGUUGGUCACGACGAUAUCGAGCGUUACCUCUGCAAUGUCUUGGUGUGGUUGUUGGGUAUCGAUCACCGUUUCAGACACAACUUGCCAGUCAAGGGUGGAUUGCGUAUGCGUGAGGUUGUCACCUGGCAAUACCUCCACGGUUCAUGGCUUAACUACGAUCAAGAAGCCAGUAGCAUCUGUGAAGAGGCUUACCAAGAUUGGAAGAAGAAUCCAGGUGUCGACGUUCGUUCCGUCAAAUCUGGACUCUGGUCAUACCAAGUCAACUUUAAGGAUCUCCUCCAAACCAAUGUACUUCAUUCCGCUCACACUCAACGUCCAGUUCGUCGUUUCGUCCAACAAAUUGUAAACAACAACUAA